AUGAACUCAACGGCGAACGCAUCAAGCGAGAUUGGGAAGUGCUCCAGUUUGUUUAGUUCCAAAGCUUUUAAUAUCGGAGGAAUCGUUGCCUUGUGUCUGAUCCUUCUUGUUACACUGGCCGGAAAUUCUCUCAUUGUAAUGCUCGUUUACAAAACGCCCAACUUAAGAAAACCCAUAAAUUAUUUCAUCGCAAACAUGGCCUCGUCCGAUUUGCUGUUUAUACCAUUUAUGUGCCAUGGGAUCCUCGCAAGGUUGAACAUAUCAUGGAUUAUCAGUAGCCAGUUUGGCCAGGCUUUUUGUAAGCUUAUCAGUUUCUUACCAGCAGUUUCCACAUUUACUUCGAUUCAAAAUCUGAUUCUGAUAGCGGUGGAUCGAUUUGGAGCCGUGGCAUUUCCACUCCGUUCCCCACUCAUCAGAUCCAAGUUGUGCCCCUUCUUUAUUCUCGCAACCUGGAUAGUUGCACUAGCUGUCAGUUCGCCAUUAUUCUUUGCUGCCAAACUGGUUGAAAACUCAGGAAGAAAGCAAUGUGAUUCAACCGCCGGAUGGAAGGAAGCAUUCGGGGAGUCCUCGUCCUAUCCAGAGUUUAAACUAGUGAUCUAUAUCUUGUUUAUCUACAUCCCUGUCCUGUUGUUAGUCAUUCUUUACUCCUUCAUCUUUAUCAAACUCAAGGAACAGGUACACCCAGGUGAACAUUCGUCCAACAUUGAACGACAACGACAAAGAAGAAACAGAAACGUGCUUAAUAUGUCUAUUGCUAUCAUUUCAGUGUUUGUGUUUUGCUGGUUACCAUUCAUAACUAGUAAAUUAAUCUUAGUUUAUCGGAGCAGUUCCACUCAUUUUUCCUGUAGUUUCAGCCAUGACUAUCAUGUCACCUAUUAUAUAGCUGCCGCUUACUUUGCUUUGAACCCGAUUAUCUGCUUCACUUUUAGUAGCAAUUACCGGCUUGGUCUUAAAAGGUUCAUAAACAGUUCUUCUGGUGUACAACAGUAAGUUUCAACACAUCAGCGCUUGUGAUUAAGUAAUAUGAGCUGAAUAUGUUCAUUCUUUAUCUGCCGUAACGACAAGGAGAGUGACUUGGUGUGUCUCAAUGAUGUAGCAUAACAGUUUGCAACCCAAGUAAAAUUUAGAAUAAAUGUAUAGACUCAAAGGAAUAAAAUGGCUCAAUAAAUGACAAGCACCGUUAUCUUAAGUGGACUUGUUUUCUGUUUUUUUUCUUCUUUUUUUUUUUUUUUUUUUUUUUUUGUAAAUUUUUUCGCGAUGGCAGCGGAAGGAAUUUGUGAACGAAAGAAUACUUAUUGGUUACUGGUUAUAUGCCGGCCCUAUAACGCCAAAAAGACUUCAUGUAAUCAGUUAAGUAUAAAACAAGUCAAAGUUCGCUGAGUGAUUUCAUUAUAACGUUUGAGUUUGGACGAUUCAGUGUUAAGCAUGAAAAGAUGGCAAUAUAACACUAUUCUUUGGGUUUUUCUAAUAUCCCAUUAUGACUCAAAACAUCCUGUUGCUUUUAAACACUUUUUACACAUAUUCGCUACCAAUAAACUGUUCUCUUUCAUUCAGGUUUCGAAAUAUCCCCUUAAUGCUGGGUGGCAGAGUUUCAAUUAGCAUUCGAAAAACCAAUUACAAGUAGUGUGGUUGUUUAUUGUGAGGCUAGUUUCAAAACCUCAUUUUUCGAUCUAAAAACGAGCGCCCUCAAAAUAACUGAAUAGACAAGAAAUAUCCAAAUAGAAGAAAGUCUAAAUGAAACAGUCUCAGUUGGAGAUAUAUUUAAAGAAGAGACCAAUUAAAAUACGCACAAAAACUAAAGAGGAGGUGCCAGUUGUAUUAGUGCAGUGCAGCUGACUUCGCUGAAUGAUUUUAUCAGGUUAAAGACGUCACUGUCAAAGCAUGGAAAAUAUGGCAAAAUCACACUUCUUCCUUUGGUUUUUACUGUACAAAAUUAAUUUCACUUAAACAUCCUGUUACUUUUAGAGACUUUUUUCAGACAUAUUUUGCAAGAAUAAACUCUUCUCUUACAAAUUUUUCGAAAUAUCUCCAUAAUACUGGAUGACAGUGUUUAAAUAUUAGCGGAAGUGCCGUUGUUUAUAGCCAUCGAUGGUAGUUUCAAGUGCAGGAUUUCGGGCUCGAUAAGCUCCAAAAUCACACUAAUGAGGGAAAAAGGCAGGAGAAGAAGAAAGAGCGAGGACGAAAAAAGCAGAAGAGAAACACAGCAGCGGUCUCACCCUUAGUUUUUAUGAUGACUAAAGACAACUGUUAGACAGAAAAGAUUCAUUUCGCGGUAACGUUUUCAUUUAAUAAUCCGGAUAGAUAUGCAAAUAGACCUCUUUCGGUUGUGAGGGCAUGCUGGGUAAUCGGGACGGGAUGGUGGGGAAUUCAGAAGUUUGUAUGUGAGUUCAAAGUCAACUAAUUCUUCCUAAUUGAAUACAUUUGUCACUUUCUCUUUGCAGACUUUAACUAAUGAUCUUAAAGAAACUAUACACUAAAUGUGGAGUGCACAGCAGUCCUUUGUCGCUUUUUACAAAAUUUGGCGUCUUCCGUACAUUUUCUGUAAUUUUUAUGUUGUCAAAAAAUGUAUGGAAGAACUAAGGUUUUCUAAAACGCAACAAAGGACUGCCAUGUACUCCAGGUUUAGUGUGUAGUUUUUUUAAGCUCAUUUGGUCACAUUUUUCAAAGGGUGAGUGACAAAUAUUUUCAAGUAGAAAAAAUUAAAUGACUUUCUAUUCUUAUACAAACUUUUGAUUUUUCCACCAUCUUGUCCUGAUUGCCCAGCAUGCCCUCUGAACCGUACAAGGGUCUAUAGAAGAAAAGCUUAACUAAACAGUCUCAGAUAGAGACAUUUUAAAAUUAACCCUCGGAUGUACAAGGGAGGGAGGGUGGAUUCCCCCCACCCCUCCCCACAAGGUUUUUCUAAGUUUUUUCUUAGAUGGUUAAACAUCAGCACCUGACGUUUUCAGUAGCUGUACGUUUAUCCCUCACGCGCACUUUGAGACAAGUUCCAUAAUUCCACUAUACGCGAACACUGGCUAACAACGGUUAUAAUCACCGGCAUACAUUAGUAAAUUACAACAGUGUAAUUUAAUACAACAAGGGUACUUCUACUCGCCUGUUGCCUGGCCACAUAGCCUGCGGCCAGGCUCCUUGAUGCGGAAAAAAGCUAGCAAAUAAAGGGGUGAACUUCGCAAAAAAUCGAAGAGCGGUGAAGGUUUGCCUCUUUUGUGCCUGCCUUCUCAGCUGGCUAUUGAGCAUUCGCAGGCCUUAGUCAUAAAUGCCAGAUUUCAGAUUUCAUUAGAAAUAAGCCGAGCUCUAUCUUUCGUGGCGCUAGUCAAGGUGUCAAAGGGUUUCUUUCAAGAUUAACUAGAUAUUACUAUAUUUCUAAGUAUAAAAAUGUCAUCCCAAAAUACCUCGAAAACGCACUCAUAGAUUUUGCUCAAAUUUCACGAACAUUGAGGUAUAUAUUGGAGGAACAAGCUCGCGUGAGCCAUUUUAAAAAGAAAUCCCAGUGCCGAGAAAUACCGUCUGCAAGUGAAAUAGAUAAUGACGUCAUUUCGUGGCUAUCAACAGUCCGAUGCAAGCAUAGCAUCGGCUCAUACUAAAUUUUCAUCUUUGUCUGAUAAAGCUGUGGUAAUCGUUUUCCACAUUUUUGUUUUAUAGUAGUCACAUUGUUAAUGCUCAAAAUUGGAAUGUAUCCAAUCAAGCCACCUUAAACAAACCUUCUCAGUGAAUAGAUCAAAAAAGGCAAAGUUCUGCUUCAGUGCUGAAAUUAAAAGGAUAAGAAAUCAGUGGAAAAACAAUUUUGGAAAACGGAGAUCAUUGGUCAUUUCUAGGAAUGAUUGUACAGAAAAACUUUAAAUAUCUAGCUAGAGCUUACAAGUUUUGAUUACUUUUCGGCACGUAAUUGCUCUCACACUUUUCUAAAAAAAGAAAACUUAUAUAAACAACAGAGAUUAAUUUUAAGCCGCAGGGUGCUAUUUUUCAGACAAUAAAUAACAUUUCGCCUCUUAAAUUUUGACUUCCAUUGUUUGAAUUCUUAAUUGUGUGGUUAAUGUGCCUUUUACAUGACACUGAACAAAUAGUUUGUUAGUUUUGCAUAUUUGUUGCAUGUCUGAAUCCUAAAUUGACCCUAUUACUAAAAAAAAAUUCAACACACCUGUUUAAAAUUUACUUUAAGCACGUAUUAGUUUUCGGAUAUCCUUAGCAUCGGUUUCAGACAUUUGACCAAAAAGAGGAUUUCUUGCUGGCUUUUUAUUACGAUGCAGUGAAUGCCUUAUGGUUGACAACGUACACAAUACAUAA